AUGUCUUACGCCCAACCAUUUCCUCUCGCGCAAUCCGUUCAAAACAGCGGUCAAACUACCUUCGCUCCGGAUCUCGCUGUCCGUCUCAUUUGCAGAGAUUGCCAAGAGUACCCUCCGAAUAUUGUGGAGGAGUUCCGUGAUGGGGAUCUCGUCUGUGGCUCUUGUGGUCUGGUUCUCAGCGACAGAAUCAUUGACACCCGGAGCGAGUGGCGCGAAUUCACUUCGACACACUCGGAUGAAACUACUCAUGCCCAUUGCCGCGUUGGACAAGUGCAGGACCGUCUUGGGGUUGGCUUGGAACACCUCGCAACCACAAUCUCCGUUGAUAGUGGCUCAAGUAUAUCCCAAGACCUGCGCCGCGUGGCGAGGCAGGCCGAGAACCUUUCUCCUUCGGAGCGCCGCGUACGACAGGCUUUCCGUGACAUCGAUGAUAUGUGUGCGCGGAUUCAGCUUCCGAAUACAGUCUUGGAUAUCACGAAGCAGCUCUACUGGCGUAUUGACCAGGAGAAUAUCCGCCCUAGUCGCCUGCGCAGUCGUGCACAGUACGAAGCGACGCUCGGCGCUUGCUUCUUCAUCGCUUGUAGGCAAGCACGCGUGCCGCGUACGUUCAUCGAGAUCUGCCAGGUGACGUCCGUGGACAAGCAGGACAUCGGACGGGCCUAUAGGGAGCUUGAGCAGAAGUUCAACUUGAGAUCUGGCUCGACGGUCGGGUAUGAUGAGGAGAGCGGCGCCUAUGAAGGCGGACCGCAGGACCUUCUGGUGCGGUACUGCAAUUAUCUUGGUCUUCCUCAAAGCGUGGUCUCUGUCAGCACGGACGUCGUGGUGAAGUUGCGGGAGCUAGAGACCCCAACGAGUCGAUCUCCCCCGACGAUCGCUGGGGGCGCGAUCUUCUUCGCGAGCCAUCUGUUGGGCCACCCAAGGAACUUCCAGCAGAUCGGGAAGGUUGCCGGCAUGAAGGGAGUAUCCAUGGCAGUUCUCUACAAGACGUUAUACGACCUCAAGGACAAAUUAGUGAGUGAUGCGUUGAUCCGGGAUGGUACCGCGAAGCUGGAUAGGUUGCCCCUCCCUACUACUCGGUAGCGAAGGGGUUCGAGUUGCAACUCUAUGGGCAGUUUGACAUGCCUCACUAGUGUUGUCCGGUAGC